AUGACACUCCCAGAACCACCUCUAUGGUGUCGAAUCUCAUUCGCACCACAAAUAUGGCGCAUUCAAAAGAGGCAGAGCAUAGAGGGUAUCUCUCUAUCAUACGUUUUGUGGAAUCUCAUCAGCUCAACAGAGAAUGUCACGAUCUACAUCUUCACACUUGUCAAUCAAUAUGACCCCUCAGAUAAAACCAUUUUCUUGCACUUUCCCUACUCUGCAGGCGACUGGUUUAGUCUGGCUCACUGUGCCGUGGUCACGCUCCUUUUCCUAGCAUUAUUCGUUCAAGUCUUGCGCUACAGCGACCGCCGCACCUCACUUUGCAUCCAAUAUACCGCUUUCCUCCUCAUUUCACUCAUCCCUCUUCUCAUCGACGGCAUCGUUCCAAUGCGCCCCUGGUCACGGAGGUUCUGGUUGGUGGGAUACUGGGCUCUACACUCGUUCUUCAUUUGGCCGAUCAUUACAUUCCUAGGCUUCUUCAGCAUUUAUCGUCAAGCCCAAACGAUCCGUGCAGUCCCAUUUCCGAAUUCCCUCAGUCUGCACGGACUUGCUGUGCAAGCAUUUGUGUUCAUGCUUCUCUCGGUGACAUGGAUAUUCGCUCUUCCGUUUCCUUAUGAGAAACUGGAGGGCCAGGUAAAUAUGAAUGUCCUCAUCAUCUGGUAUGCGAGUAUCGGUUGGGUUAUUGUUGAUAGCUUUGUUUUUGCCAUCGGUCAGACAAUCCUUCUCGCACUAGCUUUGCGUCGGCGGUCUUCAGAUGAUAUCCCACGAGAAGGCGAGACGGAACCACUACUGGGAGAUGCGAGCAGCAGAGAUUAUUCUGGUGGCUAA